ACCUCCUCCUCCUCUCUCAUGCAGCCUAUCGUCUUCCUGCCUUCAGACCGAUUUUAAUUUUCUCAAUAAAGUGGUCGCUUCGCUGGACGUCAGCAGAUCAGAUCUGAACCAGGACAGCGGCGUUAAUAAGCCAGAUAGCGCGCAUUGCGGUGAUUUGCAGGCUUCUCCAGAUUUACCUCCACGGAUGACCAGCUCGUGGGGAUAUGUACCAAGGCAUUAUGACUACCAACCACGGAUCCUCUUCCUAUGAGGCCGGGUUUCUCCACAACGCCUCGGCGGCCACCUCUCCGGUUUACGUGCCCACCACCCGGGUCGUCACCCCGAUGAUCCCCGCGCUGCAGUACCUCCAGACGCCCGGCGCUUCGCAGCAGGGCAACCCGGUUUCGAGCCACUCCGUCUGGGCACAACCGGGUGCAGACCCGGUGCCCUCCUACAACCACUCCCCGGUGUCUCCGCGCUUCUCCUUCUCCACCAGUCCGCCACUAUCGUCCGGUGUGGCCACGGCCAGGGAGGCGGUCUCUUACACCAGCCCGCUGAACAUCUCUGCCAACGGAAGGGAGCACUAUGGUCCGCGGGGCCUCAGCGGCUCGUACCCAAGUCCCUAUUCGGCCUACAUGAGCCCUAACGUCGGAGGAACUUGGCCGGCGUCCCCCUUUGACAGUCCGGUGCUGCACGGUCUGCAGACCGGCGCUUCUCCUGGCACGACGCGGCACCCAAACAUAGAUUUGUUUGAUGACUUUGCUGAGGGACGAGAAUGUGUGAACUGCGGUGCAAUGUCAACUCCCCUCUGGAGGCGCGAUGGCACAGGCCACUACCUGUGCAAUGCAUGCGGCCUGUACCACAAGAUGAAUGGCAUCAACAGGCCGCUCAUUAAACCCCAAAGACGGCUGUCUGCCUCGAGGAGGGUGGGCCUGUCCUGCACAAACUGUCACACCACCACCACCACCCUGUGGCGACGAAACGCAGAGGGAGAAUCCGUCUGCAACGCCUGUGGGCUCUACAUGAAACUCCACGGGGUCCCCCGGCCUCUUGCUAUGAAGAAAGAGGGGAUCCAGACCCGCAAACGCAAACCUAAGAACCUAAACAAGUCCCAAACAGGACCUCCAGGCACUGAGGGGGCUCCAGUGACGCCAACCAGCACUCCCCACUCCUCCUCCUCUUCCUCUUCCUCCAUAACAUCCACCUCCAGCACUGCAGUGGAGCCUCGCCAGAUAAAGACAGAGCCAGAAAAUCACAACUUGUACACACACCACGGCCCGCACACACAAAUUUCUGCCCUACCUGCCUACAUGGCAGCCCAGGGAGGCGCUAUUCCUCUGAAGAUGUCUCCAGGUGGACACGGUGGGUCCUCCAGCUCCAAAACAGAGCCUUGGAACAACUUAAUCAUGGCUUAGAAGACCUACAGCUCUGCAUCUCAAAACACUACCUAUGUACAGCAUCCUAACAAAACUCUCCCGGAACUGCUAGCUGCACCGUUUUCUCCAAUCGGUGGCAUCAGUGUCAUGACUGCACACCAAGACACGAUGAGAAGACACCGACUUGGGACAAAGUACAAUUAAACUGGGAUUAUAAAGGAACAUUUUUCGAACUCAAGCCUUUUCCUACAAAGCCAGUAUGGAAGCACAAACUGCCUAAAAGAUACUGAAAGAGUACAUGACACUUAUGAGAAACACGAAAGACUUAAGUGUAAGUAUUGCCUUCAUAGCUUUGGACAUUUUUCUCUGGUCGUUAUGGACAUUCAACACACAAAAACAGAUCAUAAGUGGACAACUUUGUGACAAAGGUUACACCACAGAGGUGCUACACCAAGUGUUAUCAGGGUCAGUUUACAGGAAAAUAGUGGAAGAAAAAUAUUUAAUUCCUGGCAAACUUUCAAAUUAUCUAUCUGGGAGAUUGUGCUAAUGAUAAAUUAGUAUAAUGUUGUAUUAGCAGCAGAAGAUGUGAAAGCAUUUAAGAUUUUAUAUCCUUGAAAAAAUGAAAAAGAAAAAAUAAGUAUUUGGACAGAACAUUAACCUCAACAAUCACAGAGAUAGCCUGAAAUCGUUUUAACUGAUAAAAAGGGCAGGAACAGUAAUAUUUUCUUGGAUCCCUGCAAAUGUGUAAAAUAAAUCCUUCUUUCAUUACAAUAACAAAAAUUUGAUUUAAGGACCUAUGUGCAGUCAAUAAAAACAUGGUGAGUCAGAGAAUGGCUACAAGAAAAUUGCUUUCAGCUUAACCUUGCCUAUAUCUACAGAAGAGUUUAAAAUAACAGGUACACUGACAUAAAAGGCAGGACAAAAACCCAAGUUUAGCUUACAUUGGGGGAGGACAUGAAAGCAAAAACCUUUGGCAUUUGUCUUUAAAGGUAAUUUUUUUCUUUAGAUUCUAUAAGUAAAACAAAAAAGAUAUUAAAGUCAACAUUUUUCAGAGUGUGUAGUAGGGAUGUUUCACAGCUUCACUCACAUCUGGAGUAAAAUAAAUGAUUCUUGGAUUUGUAAGGACUCUCGGAUAAGAAUAAGAAUAUUCCUUCAGACCCACAGUAACAAUUUCAAUAAACCAGAAGCUGUUUUGAAUCCAAAAACGUUGUGAAAUAUGUCUUUAAAUGUUUGAAAAAGUAUGUGUUCAGUCAUGGAUAAAAUGUUAAAUGAAGUUCAGAGGUGGUAAAUCAAAGUAAAAAAUACAUCGUUCAAAUAUAAAUAACUAAAGUAAAUUGCAUUUGUUAAGCAUUAACAGAUUUUUAUUCUUUAUAGUAUGAAACAAAAAAAAGUCUGAAAAAACAAAUGUAUUCCUUACUCUAUUUGAUUUCACAGCCAGUCCUUGGAAAUUAUAAAAGCAAACUUCACAGUUUUUAAGUCUUUUCAAGAGAGAAGGAACCCUGGCUCAUUUACCAGGAAAACGUUUGCUAUGGUUCUGCAUCAUAAUAAUUGUUUAUAAGCGAAGAAGUAACAGUAAAAAUCCUUUAAGAUGCACAGCAUCCAAGAAGACCUAAAAGUCUUUUAAAAGGAAAAAAAUCAGCUAGGAAUUGUGAAACACUCAGCAAAACUCUGCUGCAAAAUAAAUGAAUACAAACUAUUCCUGUAAAUUCCUCCUAGUCUGUCUCAUCCGUCACUCCUCACCUGAAGUAUUACCUCAGCGAAAGUGAUCUACAGUUUAGUGUAACAAGAACUCCUCCGUCGUGGCUCAUUGGCUGUGAUUCCUUAAUUGCACGUCACGUCUGAAAAAGUUAUAAAGACAAACUACCUAACCAGCGUAAAUGGUGAUUAUUCGGAAUGAGAGCGUGACAGCAGGCACAUAGCUCCCUCUGCUGGCUUAAGAUCAGAUCUGCAUCUUCUAGCCAGUAGCACAUGGGGCCUUUGAAAGGUUUGUGGGAACCUACAUUAAAAUUCACGUCCUGUAUAAUAUGGUUAUUGAUGGGUAAACUGUACAGAAUAUUUGCAAUGCUUUCUAAUCUGCUGCUAGCGAGAGGUAACCAGUGUAAAUGUGGGAUACUACCUUAAGUAAUUACAAGAAUGAGAAAUGUACAAGCUUUUGUAAAAACAUCACUCCACUAUAAUCAUGUACUCUGUUAUUUGUGAUAUAUUGUAAGCAAAUGUAUUAAAGAAAAAGCAUUUUGACGUA